AGUUUGAAGUCAAAAAGAAAAAGACCGACACAACGACAAAACACACAAAACACAGCGUUAAUUUAUUUGUGUGUAGUCUUACAAAAAAGUAGUCUUCGAAGGGUUUUCUAUUUUAAUUUAGAGAAGAAAUUCAAUUGAAAAUUAAAAUCAAAUCUCGUGGAGAGCUAAAGUGUCAUACAGGCGACCAGCCACAUUUGAGAAGCCAACAAAUUCCAGAUCUUUAGGCCCCCAAUAGAACAAAACACACAUACACACUCACUUAUUCAUCGGCCGUACGCAAGCAAAGAAGCACAAAGUGAGAGCAGAGACAACAUCUGAAAGGUUUUCGUUAUAUUUUUUUUUUGUUUUCCUAAGUGCAUACCUAAAAAGGGGAAGCGACCGGCAGUGUGGGACAUUCUAAAGGAAUAUCCCUCUUAUCAACCACACAUUCUUAAACACAGAGUAAAUCACAGCAACAAAAAAUCACAAUGGAAAAGAGAAUAGAUUUGGAAAGACGCGCUCGUAAAGCUAAUCAAAUUACAGAUUUAAAUUUGGACAAUUGUAGGAGUACAAGCAUUGUUGGCCUUACAGAUGAAUACACGGCCUUGGAAUCAUUAAGUUUAAUCAACGUUGGCCUGACAACCCUGAAAGGCUUUCCAAAAUUACCCAAUUUAAAAAAAUUGGAAUUAUCAGAUAACAGAAUAUCAAAUGGUCUACAUUAUUUGAGCACUAGCCCAAAAUUGCAAUAUUUAAAUCUGUCUGGUAACAAAAUUAAAGAUUUAGAAGCCUUAAAACCCUUGGAAGAAUUCAAAAAUUUGGCAGUGUUGGAUCUUUUCAAUAAUGAAGCAACACAAAUUGAGAACUACCGUGAAAAAAUCUUUGAAAUGUUGCCUUCAUUAAAGUUCUUGGAUGGUUUUGAUUGCAAUGAUGUAGAAGCACCUUCAGAAGGUGAUGAUGAGGAGGAAAAUGGCAAUUAUUCCGAAGAUGAUGUUGGUGAUAAACAAAAUGCAUUCAGUGUGAAUGGAUUAGAGAUUGAUUUGGAUGAAUUAGAAGCUUUUGAGAAACGUGUUAAGGCAAAACGUGAAGCGGCUCUCAAACAACAAGAACAAGCCACAAAUGACAAAACAACAACGACGACAAAGACUACCACAACUACUGAGACAAACUGCAACGAAACACCAGAUAUUGAUGAGCUUGAUGAAUAUUUAAAAACGUUAAAACUCAAAGAGGAGGAACAAAGGCAACAACAAAAUUCUUCUGCCAUAACCAAUGCAGAUACUUCAAGUAGUGAAAAUCCGCCCAUGAAUUUUGCAAUUUUAUUAUAUUGGUUUUUAGCUCUUUUAAAUCUGGCCAGUGCCACUUUUUAUUCCGAAGGUGAAACUGGUGAUGAUGAUGAUGGCAGUGAGGUCAGUGCGAGUACAGGUGAUGUUUCAUUAUCAGAGGUGUACAAUGAAGAUUUAGAAGAAGAUGAGGGUGAAUGGGAUGAAGAAAAUGCAGAAAAUGAGGAAGACGAAGAUGAAGACAGCGAUGAAGAUGAUGAAGCUAACGAUUCAGCUGUAAAUACCGAUAAAGCUGAAGAUAAUGCCGCUGCUGCCGAUGAGAGUCAGGCACGGGGCAAGAAAAGAAAGCAUGAAGGUUAAACCACCACCACCACCACCAUCACCACAAGAAACAAAUAGUAAAACCAACAACAAAAACCAAACCAUUAUCAUCUCUCUGCACUUCGGUUAUAUUCAUCCCGUUUCUUUUCAUGUGUGUUUUAUUAUUACUAUUAUUGAAUCGUUUUUAUAUUAAUGGAUCAUAAUUUUACUUUAUAUUAAAAAAAAAACAACUUUGUUCUCGUAUAAGAAAAGCUGAAAAUCCGCAACAAAACAACAACAAAAUCAAAUUAUAUUUAAGUCAAAACUAACAAAGCCCCCAACCAACAAACUGUAAAAUCAGCAAAAAUUUAAAGCAUGAACAACAAGUUUAAAGAAGGAAAUCAACAGCAACAACAACAACAAAAACAACCCAAAACACCAACCAACCACACAAAACAUUUUUUUAGAGAAAACAAAAAUAAGAGAAUGAGAAAUUAAGGAUUUCAUUUACAAUUAAAAAAAACAAAUACAAAAGAAGUUGGAGAAAAUAUAGCAUACAAAUAUUUACAACUUUACAAAA